AGUAUACGGUUUUAAUCCCGUCGCUGGCAGCCAGGGUGUGGGGCGUGAGUCCUUAGUGGCAGAUGAGAUUUAUGGAGAAAUAAACUGUUCGAAAUGAUGGAGAGAAGAAGAAGGGGAAAAGGGAGGGGGGGCUGACGUAAGGUGAUGAGGUUUGGACGGUCGACGCCUGCGCGGGAUACACUGAAUGCAACGGUUGGAGAAGAGAUUAAGGAAACUGCGCCUAAAUCGGACCCCACAAAACGCCAUCUUGGCUCGAGCGACGCAAGGAAAAAGACGGGAAUCCGGGGCCCGCUUUCCCUGGCCAUUUCGGCUCCGGUCGGAACAGUUUCCCGGGCGAUAGACAGGGAGGGAGGAGCCGGGCAUUUCUGGAAGUCGGAGAAACAACCAGUCAAAGCCAGCCAGCCUGCAUCUGAUCCAGCGAAAGAACUGGAGCAGCGGCGGACGUCGGCUCGGCUGUGCUGGAAGACGACAUUAAUUGAACACCCUCGAGCACAGACGGCGCGUGUAGCAGCAGGAGCAGUCGUGGACAUGAAUGUGAAGGUCUUCCAUUUGGGCUCGGGAAGCUGAAGCGUAUUGUAUCCCGCUCACGUUACGGUUCCCCCCCCCUUCCUCGCUGGGAUAAGCUGUCUGUGAUACCACUGGGCGUGCACAGCGCAAUAACGGAGGGAGCCAACCUGUGAUUUCAGCGACGACUAAGCUCACAUUUAAACCCAGCUAGCAAACCCUUCUUUUUUUUCCCCGAGAGUCUCGUUAGCUUGCGGCGAAGGGGAGCAUCUUGGUGGAUAAGGGGAAGGUAUCCGUCGGAUGCUGCUGAGGGGGGACUCCUGUGCCCCGGCGACAAGCACCAGUAAAGAUACAAACCUGAGGCAUGCAAAGAGGGAUGUUUUUCUGCACACGAGCGAGGAAAUCUCCACGCCCCAGGGUCUGCUCGGUGGCUACUGUUUAGCUAGCUCGCUGGCUAGCCCUUCUACAGGAGAGUAGCUCAGGAGAAGGUGGGGCCGCGGAGUGACAGCCUUGGACGCCAGCUAAUGUGGCUAGCCGGCUAAGUUGGGCACACGUUCGUUUUUCCCCGUUUAUCACAUUGUGCCCGUGUGUGCGUGUUUGUGGGGUUUAAAAAGUACAAAGUGUGUGUGUGGACUGGCACAGGUGUAAGCCCGUUCAGCAAGAAAUUACGUUGUCAUUGAUCCCUUCGGAGCCCGUGGUGUGGGUGGGAUAUCUUGAGGAGAGCAUCCUCGUUUACCUGAAUGACCAUGGCGGACGACGACGUGCUGUUCGAGGAUGUGUACGAGUUGUGCGAGGUGAUUGGCAAGGGUCCCUUCAGCGUGGUGAGGCGCUGCAUCAACAGGGACACUGGCCAGCAGUUUGCUGUAAAGAUUGUUGAUGUGGCCAGCUUUACCUCCAGCCCUGGCCUCAGCACAGAAGAUCUGAAGCGAGAGGCGAGCAUCUGCCACAUGCUGAAACACCCCCACAUCGUGGAGCUGCUGGAGACUUACAGCUCCGAUGGCAUGCUCUACAUGGUCUUUGAAUUUAUGGACGGUGCAGACCUGUGUUUUGAAAUCGUGAAGCGAGCUGAUGCUGGGUUUGUGUACAGCGAAGCAGUGGCCAGCCACUACAUGAGGCAGAUUCUGGAGGCGCUUCGAUACUGCCAUGACAACAAUGUGAUUCACCGUGAUGUAAAGCCUCACUGUGUGCUCCUGGCCUCAAAGGAGAACUCUGCUCCAGUGAAACUCGGAGGCUUCGGAGUGGCGAUCCAGCUGGGAGAGUCUGGUUUAGUAGCCGGAGGUCGAGUGGGCACGCCCCACUUCAUGGCCCCAGAGGUGGUGAAAAGGGAGCCUUAUGGCAAACCGGUAGAUGUGUGGGGAUGUGGAGUGAUCCUCUUCAUUCUGCUGUCCGGCUGCCUGCCUUUCUACGGCACCAAGGAGCGCUUGUUUGAGGCUAUCAUCAAAGGGAAAUACAAGAUGAACCCCCGCCAGUGGGCUCACAUCUCUGAGAGCGCCAAGGACCUGGUGAGGCGCAUGCUGAUGCUUGACCCUGCUGAGAGAAUCACUGUCUAUGAGGCUCUCAACCACCCCUGGCUGAAGGAGAGGGACAGGUAUGCCUACAAGAUCCACCUGCCCGAAACAGUUGAGCAGCUGAGAAAGUUCAACGCCAGGAGGAAGCUGAAGGGUGCAGUGCUGGCUGCUGUUUCCAGCCACAAGUUUAAUUCCUACUAUGGUGACCCCCCUGAGGAGCUCCAUGAUUUCUCAGAUGAUCCCACCUCCUCAGGACUGCUAGCUGCUGAAACAGGGGCAGUAUCACAGGUUUUGGACAGUCUAGAGGAGAUCCAUGCAUUGACAGACUGCAGUGAGAAAGAUAUGGACUUCCUGCACAGUGUCUUCCAGGACCAGCACCUCCACACUCUGUUAGAUCUUUAUGACAAAAUCAACACCAGGUCGUCCCCUCAGAUCAGAAAUCCUCCAAGUGACGGAGUGCAGAGAGCCAAAGAGGUACUGGAAACCAUCUCCUGUUACCCAGAGAAUAUGGAGGCCAAGGAGCUCAGGAGGAUCCUCACACAGCCACACUUCAUGGCUCUGCUGCAGACCCACGAUGUGGUGGCACACGAGGUGUACAGCGACGAGGCGUUGAGGGUGACUCCCCCGCCUACUUCACCGUACCUGAACGGAGACUCCCCAGACAGCACCAACGGAGACAUGGACUUGGAAAAUGUCACCAGGGUUCGGCUGGUUCAGUUUCAGAAGAACACAGAUGAGCCCAUGGGCAUUACUCUGAAAAUGAACGACCUCAACCACUGCAUUGUGGCCCGCAUCAUGCAUGGUGGGAUGAUCCAUCGACAAGGGACUCUGCAUGUAGGAGAUGAGAUCCGGGAGAUUAAUGGCAUCAGCGUUGCUAAUCAGACGGUAGAACAGCUCCAGAAGAUGCUGAGAGAGAUGAGGGGAAGCAUCACCUUCAAGAUUGUGCCCAGUUACCGAUCCCAGUCAAUGUCUUGUGAGAAAGAGUCUCCGGAUUUAUCUCGACAGUCACCUGCAAAUGGUCAUGCUAGUGUGACCAGCUCCAUCCUGGACCUGCCAUCGACUAUUCAGCCUAAAGGCCGUCAGAUCUGCAGACCUGCUAUCAAGGACAAAUUGUCCAUCAAGAUUUAUGUACGCGCUCAAUUUGAGUACGACCCGGCAAAAGACGACCUCAUCCCAUGCAAGGAAGCCGGCAUCCGCUUCCGCGUAGGUGACAUCAUUCAGAUCAUCUCCAAGGAUGACCACAACUGGUGGCAAGGAAAGCUGGAGAACACCAAGAAUGGCACAGCCGGACUCAUCCCCUCACCUGAACUGCAGGAAUGGCGUGUGGCAUGUAUAGCAAUGGAGAAGACCAAACAGGAACAGCAGGCCAGCUGUACCUGGUUUGGCAAGAAGAAGAAACAGUACAAAGACAAAUACCUGGCCAAGCACAACGCAGUGUUUGAUCAACUAGAUCUGGUGACAUAUGAGGAGGUGGUUAAACUGCCGUCAUUUAAGAGAAAAACGCUGGUUUUACUUGGUGCACACGGAGUCGGUCGGAGGCACAUCAAGAACACGCUGAUCACCAAACAUCCCGACCGCUUUGCCUACCCUAUUCCUCACACAACUCGGCCUCCCAAGAAAGACGAGGAGAACGGAAAGAACUACUACUUUGUUUCUCACGAGCAGAUGAUGCAGGACAUCAGCAACAACGACUACCUGGAGUAUGGCAGCCACGAGGAUGCCAUGUAUGGAACCAGGCUGGAGACUAUCAGGCAGAUCCAUGCCCAGGGCAUGAUCUCCAUCCUAGACGUCGAGCCACAGGCGAGUCAUCUCGGCUCGGACAUUUUCUUGGCGCUAAAGAUCCUCAGGACAGCUGAGUUUGCUCCAUACGUCGUCUUCAUCGCGGCUCCCACCAUCACCCCCGGCAUGACUGAGGUCCCAAAGUGGUGCAGGAAACUGCCUGACGAAUCUCUUCAGCGGCUACAGAAGGAGUCGGAGAUGCUGCAGCAAACCUACGCUCACUACUUUGACCAGACCAUCAUCAACAACGAGAUCGACGACACCAUCCGCCUACUGGAGGAGGCCGUGGACCUGGUGUCCACCACUCCUCAGUGGGUUCCCGUCUCCUGGGUCUACUGACAUACACUCAACGGCAACUCGCUCAUCGCCCUCGACGAUCCAUCUCCGAUUCAACGUGGAAUCUAAACUCUGAAUCACAUCUCUCAUCAGAAUCGCAUUUCUGUAGAUAAACUGUUAUUGAAGAAGAGAGAAACGAAGAAACUAAUGACUGAUGUCUCAUUACAGAGACUUCUUCAUCCUCCUCCUCGCCCCUUUUCUCAACAGCCUGAAAGGCAUAUUGUUGUGUAAAUAUAUACAUAUAUAUAUAUAAAUGACUAAAAAA